GAUCUCCACAUCGAAACAACACUGCACAAAUCUAAUCAAUUUUUUCUGUGUCUCUUUGUUGGUUUGUAACAUGGCUAACCCUAAGGUGUUUUUUGACAUGACCAUCGGCGGUCAGCCGGCCGGAAGGAUCGUGAUGGAGCUCUUCCAGGACACCACUCCUCGCACCGCCGAGAACUUCCGAGCUCUCUGCACUGGCGAGAAAGGCGUCGGUCGCUCCGGCAAGCCACUCCACUACAAAGGAUCAAGCUUCCAUCGCGUGAUCCCCGGCUUCAUGUGCCAGGGAGGCGACUUCACUGCCGGAAACGGCACAGGAGGUGAAUCAAUCUACGGCGCCAAGUUCGCCGACGAGAACUUCGUCAAGAAGCACACAGGACCCGGUAUCCUCUCCAUGGCCAAUGCCGGACCCGGAACCAACGGGUCUCAGUUCUUUGUCUGUACCGCUAAGACCGAGUGGCUCGACGGAAAGCACGUGGUGUUUGGUCAGGUGGUUGAGGGUCUGGACGUCGUGAAGGCCAUUGAGAAAGUGGGGUCCAGCUCCGGCAGGACUUCGAAGCCCGUUGUGGUUGCUGACUGCGGUCAAUUGUCUUAGAUUUAAAAAAAAUGUUAUAAAUCGUAGAUUUCGAUAAUGAUAAUGAUCAUGAUCAUGUUAUAGUCGAUCAUGACGGACUGAGUAUGUUUAAAAUAUGAUGUGGGUGUCUCUAGUUUCUCUGUGUUUUUGUGGGUUGUGUUUAUGUUUGAGUCCGGAGUUGACUCUUUGGUAGUUCCACUGAGUGAACUCUGUGUCUUUGUCCUUUAAUUGAGGUGCUUUUUUAAGGCCGUAAUCAUGAUUAUCAUUAUGAUCAUCUUAAUUAUCUCCUAA